GAGGAUUCAACCGGAUUACUUGCGGAACCCUGUAUACAUUCCUGCGCUCGUAAUCUCACAUCGGGCUGCUUUGCAAGCCAUCGGAGUUGUUCUAUGCUACCGCUGGUAUUCUGGAUUAUGGACGCAUUAUGCACUGAUCGCAUUUAAUACUGGACCAUUGAGCGGCCGCCACGAGGCUGAGACGUGGGGGGCUUCAUUCCGCGGAGAAAGCACCCUCAAUCCCUUGCGCCUAUCAUAGCAAAGAAAUCAAAAUUAUGUCUGCAGAUCGGGCAGCGUCCAAAAGACGCUGUGUCAGCACAGCUUGCAUUGCUUGUCGCAGAAGAAAAUCAAAGUGCGAUGGAAACUUACCCAGCUGUGCUGCAUGCUCCUCGGUCUACCACACAUCUUGCGUUUAUGAUCCAAACUCUGACCAUCGCCGUAAGGGCGUCUAUAAGAAAGAUGCCGAUACGCUGCGAACGCGGCACACAACGCUGCAAACAUUAUUCCAGGCAUUGCUGAACUACGACGAAGACGAUGCAUUUGACCUGGUGCGCGAGAUCAGGUCAUGCGACGAUCUAGAAGCAGUCGCUCAAUCUGUCAUUUCGCGGCAGAGUGGGCUUCUCUCGGCCCCAGAGGCGAGAGACCCAGCUAGCGAUGAAAACCCAUCAGAGGUUGACCAAUUCGAAUACGAGUUAUCAGGGAAAAUGAGUGAACUUAUGCUUGAUGGCUCCCGCAAGUUCAUCGGCGGCACAUCAAAUCUCAUUUUUUUGCCACCUGACUCGGAAUUGCACGAGUCGGCUUCGAACGCCGAGAGUAUCCUUGGCCCGGUCAAUGACACAGACCUCAUUAGGCGAUGGACGCGAGUAACUGAGGAUGACUUACUCAUUAGCCAUCUGUUGACCAUGUAUUUCACCUGGCACUAUCCGUUCUUCACCAUCCUUGCAAAAGAUAUGUUUUAUAGGGACUUAAGACGGGGCAUACCCAGCCAAUAUUGCUCAGCCUUGCUCGUUAACGCCAUGCUCGCCCUUGGGUGUCAUUUCAGCUCCUGGCCAGGUGCAUUUACAGAUCCCGGCAACAUCGCAACAGCCGGCAAUCAUUUCUUCAAAGAAGCUAAGCGACUGAUUCAUGAGAAUGACGAACACGAAAAUGCAAAAUUGUGUACGGUCCAAGCCUUUGCUCUCAUGUCUGUCCGUGAGGCCGGUUGUGGCCGUGAAGGCAAGGGCUGGGUGUACAGUGGCUUGAGCUUUCGCAUGGCAUCCGAUCUCGGCCUGAAUGUCGAUGCUUCCAGCCUGGGAGCACGAAAUCUCACCGAUGAGGAAGUCGAUGCUCGACGGAUAACCUUCUGGGGCUGCUAUCUUGUUGACAAAUGCUGGUCAAAUUACCUUGGCCGCCAGCCACAGUUGUCUUCAUCCGGCACAAACGUACCCAAAGCCGAUGUCCUGCCACAGGAGGAGACUGAGCUGUGGUCACCAUACACAGACGCUGGCGUUGGCCAUGAGCAUACACAACCUUCCCGUAUCAGAGCGGUAGCUCUACAAAUCUCGAAAUUAUGCGAGAUCAGCAAUGAUCUGCUUAGAUAUUUUUAUCAUCCUUCGGAGUUGGAAAAAUCACAGUCCAAACAAUCAGAGUUGAAAAAGCUAAGUGAGGUUCAUACCCGGCUUGAAACGUGGAAGAAAGAAUUACCGCGGGAAUUUGAACCAAAGGAAGGACAGCUUCCCCAGGUACUUGUUAUGCAUAUGUUCGAACAAUUGCUUCUCAUUCACCUAUACCGGCCGUUUCUCAAGUAUACCAAGGCAACCACCCCACUUCCCUCACACGUCUCGCCUCGGAAAUUUUGCACCCAGGCCGCAUCAAUCAUUUCAAAGCUUUUACGCAUUUACAAACGCACCUAUGGAUUGAAACAAAUCUGUAAUAUCGUUGUAUAUAUUGCCCACACAGCUUGCACCAUUCACCUUCUCAACCUUCCGGGGAGAAACCCCGAACGAGAUAUUGUUCACGGGCUCCGAAACCUCGAAGAAAUGGCCGAUGGCUGGCUAGCAGCACGGCGGACCUUACGGAUCUUGGACAUCUCUGCUAAUAAGUGGCAUGUCAAGCUACCGGCCGAGGCAGUUUCUAUAUUCGAGCGCACCCACGCCAAAUGGGGAUCAUGGGGUUCCUGGGACCAACCAACAUCGCCUUCCACAUCAGAUGGCUCCCCAUUAAUACAUAAUGUCUUGCAUUCACCAUAUACCUACCCAGACGGGCCUCAAUCCCCAGCAAACCCCGUUUCAUCAGGCCUACACAGAGAAUCCCUCGGUCCACCCCCAGUCAACAUGAUGGGAGUCUCAAUAGGCCCCCAGUAUCCCAACGCGACCAUGCCCCCAUCGGCUCCUCCAAUGGGCCCGGCCCAUCACAUACCGAUUCCAACGACCCAGCGGGCCGACUAUGGAACCCCAGAACCAGCAUAUACACAAUCCAACCCGCAAGUCAACUACCAGACGUCACCUCUAGCAACCUCCGGUCCCUCAGCAGCUCCGUCCCCUGGUGCCCAAAGCGUUUGGUUUGGUCAAUCUGGGAAUCAGAUUGGCCCCACACAGUCCGCUCUGUCUCCAAACUCAAAUACAUCCGUCUCCGGUUUUGACGGGACUGACCAUCUAGUUGAAGAAAGCCACGACUGGUGGAACCGAAAUGCUGCCGUGGCACUAGGUUUGGGCACGCCGGACGUGGAGAAUUGGGGCGUUGGAUGGAAUACUCCUAUCCCAGGCCAAUCUGCCCAAAUGUCAUAUGAUAAUAAUGGCCAUCUCAUGCCCAUGGUGGCCCAUCAGCAUUCAAGUCCCACUAUUGCAGUUCAAGAAGCACAGGUGGGCGGUGGAUUAUCCAAUAUGGCUUCGCCAGCUGAGUGUAGAGCACCGGGGUACGAUAGUCAGUGGACAUGA